AUGUCAUCUAAUAAAAAUAAAAGUGAAAAAUCAUCAAUCCUUACAAUUGAAUGUAUUGAUGAAAUCAUUCAACAUUUGCUUAAUGACAAAAACACAUUAUAUUCCUUUUUAUUAGCUAACCGUUAUUUUUGCAGAAAAGUUGUUCCAUUAUUGUGGAGUAAACCGUUUUCUCUAUUGAUACAUCCUUCAAAAACAUUAGUAAGAAUUUUUGUAUUAUGUCUCAACAUAAAGGAAAAGAGCAUUUUAUUCAAUAAUAUCCUUAAAGUUAAGGAUGGAAAAAUUGAAGAAUAUUCUGCUUUAUUUGAUUAUCCCGCAUUGAUUAGAGAAUUGGAUUUUUGGGGAUUAUUUGAAUGUGUAAGAAUUUGGAUACAAGACAUUCGAUUUAAGUACUCCAACACGGGAUCAUGGAUAAAUGAUACAAUUUAUUAUCUAAUUAGAGUUCUCAUCAGGCGUGGUCAGAAUAUCAAAUAUUUGCACUUGGUUAACAACGACAAGAUUAUUGAAAUUCCACCUAUAACUUGUUUACCUAAAGCUGAUGUAGCAUUUUCGAAACUUCAAUAUCUCUAUUGUGGUGGUUACCAUGCAGAUGUAAAGCUAUAUCCUAAAUUAGUCAAAUAUUGUAAAGAUAUAAUCGAAAUAAAUAUUGUACAUUAUCAUAAAUCAUCUGAUUCAAGUUUGGCCGCUUUAAUUAAAUCACAACGUAGAUUAAAAAAGAUAACCUAUCGUUCGGUUUCUGGAGGUACAUGGCGAUUGGUAGCUGCUCUAUCUCAAACUCAUUUUCUUAAAUCUGUAAAUUUUACUUGUACAGAUUUUACCGAUGCUUCUUCAAAAGGUUUGGCUACUUGUGAUAAUUUGGAAGUGUUAGAAUUACUUGAUUGUCGAGGAAAUAAUUAUGAAAAAUUUUGGAAACCAAUUAUUGAAAGAUCAAAAUUUCGUUUAAAAAGACUUUCUUUAGCACGUACUUCUAUUGAUCAGGAAGCAAUUGAAAUACUUAUUCAAAAUGCUGGUGAAAUGCUCGAGGAAGUAACCGUUGAUUAUAUUGUCAUCUCAAUGAUGCCUUAUUUUCUGGAAAUGUUGAUUAAAAACUGUCCAAAUAUAAUUUAUCUCAAACUUUUCCUUUGUCACCUUGAAGAGGUUUCCAUGCUAUUUUCCACCAUUUCAAAUGCUUUUAAACUCAAACAACUUGUCAUUAGGACUUCUAAUAUGGAUGUUACAUCAAUUUUACCUGGAUUAGCAACACUGGUUCCGUCUUCGCUUCGUUUGCUUGAUAUUGACAUGAUGAUUUCAUCAGAGGCUUUGCAAGAAUUUUUAAAUGAAUGUAAAGCUCCAAUCCAACGAAUUAUUUUGAACGCUGGUAAUGCAAUAACUGAUGAUCAUAUAGUGGUUCUUACUCAAUAUGCAAAGGAAAGAGGAUGUUUAAAGUCAUUAGGGUAUACUUAUAGGACAUUAAAUUGGGGUUUGCCUUAUUGUAUUUCUCAAGAAAUUGAAAAUAAGGCUAAAGAAUUAAUCUCUUUUUAUAAUCCAGAAGAUCCUGCUGAUUUUCUAUUCCCAUUAGAUAGAAAUGAUGAAUUAUUAGCAACUGAUACUUGGAGCUAA